CAGGGGCGGACUGACCAUUUGGAAACUCAGGCACUGCCCGAGGGCCCGGUGUCAGUAGGGGCUCCAUGAGAUGCCCCUGGUACCUUUUUCAUAGGCUUUUUUGAUGUGGGCAAGGACACAGGGGCCCCAUGAUCCCCAAUUGCCCGGGGGCCCCAUGAGUUGUCAGCCUGCCCCUGGCCCGGGGUCAGUAGGGGGCCCCAUGAGAUGCCCCUGGUACCUUUUUCAUAGGCUUUUUUUGAGUUUGGGGGGGGGGGGGGAAAUUUCUCCUAGAUGUCCUAGGGCACAGUACCUUUCUCAUAGGCUUUUUUGAGUUUGGGCAAGGACACAGGGGCCUCAUGAUCCCCUAUUGUCUGGGGGCCCCAU